AGUAAAAUCCCAGAUGAGGUCACAGACCAGGACAUCCAAACUAAACAAUGGCCACUCAGUCCCAGGGCAUCCAGCAGCUACUGCAGGCAGAGAAAAGAGCAAAGGACAAACUAGAAGAGGCCAAAAAGAGGAAAAAUAAACGCUUACGGCAAGCAAAAGAGGAGGCUACGGCAGAUAUCGAUCAGUAUAAGCUAAAAAGAGAGAGUGACUUCCGGCGUAUUCAGACCUCUAUAAUGGGAUCACAAGGUAAUUUGGCAGUGAAGAUAGAUGAACAAACCAAUGAAAAGAUGCAAGCUUACAAUUCAAACUACCAGAAAUUCAAGGAGAAAGUCUUAAAGGAACUUCUGGACCUGGCCUAUGAUGUUAGACCAGAACUUCACAUAAAUUAUAAGUUCAAGCAUUAAAUACCAUUCCAUCUCCAAAAUACAACCUCUAUUUAUAAUGCUUUUAGGAGAA